AUGGAUGGAUGCCUUCAGUCAUUUGGUGAACAACUGACACUUCUUCCUCUCAUUCGACACAAGUGGUGCACAGACGAAGGUUUUCAGAACGUCGACGCCAGUGGUGAUUACGAGAAGAACAAAGAUGAAGGAGAUUUCUCUUUUGCCUAUUCCAACCCCGACAGAUCGCUUAUUUCCACCGACGAUAUAUUCCAAAAUGGCCAUAUCCGUUCGGUGCUCUCGAUUUUCAACCGGAAUCUCCUGUUUGUUGAUGCCGAAAACGACGAUUCUUUUAGAGCUAGAGGGGCUGCCGCUUCCUCUUCCUCUCUGCGACCGCCAUUGAAGAAGCUCUUCUUUGAAGAGCGAGAUAUGCCAACCUCGACAACGCUGUUUUACAACUCAUGA